UGUCAAACGAAAAUGUCAUGGGUGGUGUGAGGGUGUUCCCGGAACGGUACCGCGAUAUUCCCAUUGAAAAAUAAUAGUUUUUAAAGUAAAAUCUCUAUAUUAAUGCCAAAUAAUUUAACAAACAUUAAUUAAUUAAUAAAAUUUCGAAAGUCGAGUGCAAAAAAAAAAAUGACGUCGAACUUCUAUAAUCAAGCGAUGGAUACAUUUUGGUCGCCCAAAGUUUGGUUGCCUCCCAAUACCUCUUGGGCGGAUAUCUCCCCGGAAUCCAGUACGGAAAUCCACCACGCGGACCACAGGCACCUUUUCUAUCCCUUGCCCAUGGCCCUUGUAGUUUUGUUAAUCAGAUAUCUUUUUGAAAAAUAUUGGUUCGCACCAGUAGGUUUAAGUUUAGGAAUUAAGAGUAGUAGACCUAAGAACGCCCCGUCCAAUGAAAUUUUAGAAAAGACGUAUGCGGAAUCAAAAAAAUGGAAGCACAAACAAAUUCAAGGAUUGGCCAAACAACUAGAUAUGACCGAGCGACAAGUAGAAAGGUGGUUGAGGUUGAGAAAAGGACAAAACAAGCCCUCGACUUUAACUAAAUUUUGUGAGAACGCCUGGAGAUGUACAUAUUAUACUUUUAGUUUUGUUUAUGGAAUUACAAUAUUGUGGGACAAGCCUUGGCUAUGGGAUAUUAAUGAGUGCUGAGCUAAAUCUUUUAUACUAAAGUCAAAGCACGAAGAAGAAAACACUCAACAGGCCCAAUUAGAUCUUUCGGAAAGUUUUCAUUUAAGAAGAAACAUAUCUAUUGACAGUGAAGUGCUGGCAAGACAAAAGAGGAUUAACAAAUUACAAGAACAAAAAAGAUUACAAAGGCGAAUAAUGUCAAAAUCGCACGAACAUUUAGAGGAUCAAGUGAUAGAGCAAUUAAGAAAAUUGAAUUUUGGUGACUCUUAUACCAAGCAAGAUAAGGAAUUCCAAAGAAGACAUCCGGCCUAUUUUUCUGAAAGAAAUUUUCAUAGAAGAAGCCUAAAUUUGGAAGAAUAUGUUGACAAAAACAAACAUUCAUAUUGUCAUAGAAAUAGUGGUGAUGUAGUGAGUAAUUUUGAUAGAAACAAUCCUGCUUAUUGUUCAGAAAGAGUUCAAGCAACAAAAUCACCUGCAACAUCUCUCAUACUUGGAUCUGAUGGGGAUUUUCUUUUAAAUAGAAAAAGUGUUGAUAUGAGUCAUAAUUUCCAAAGAAGACAUCCUGCCUAUGUAUCAGGAAAAACAAAAACAGGCAUUAAAAGCCUAAUCGAUAAAAUAGUUGGUAAUAGAGACAGAGGAGAAUAUUCUGACACCAGUAGCUAUUCAGGAUGUUCAACAGGCUCGAGUGCAGCUAGCUUCAGUUAUGAAGCUUCAAAAAGGAACAAUUUCCCUCACCAAUCAGUUACCAACGACAUUUGGUGGUACUACAUGUUCUCGAUGGCAUUCUACUGGUCCCUAUGCGUCUCCCAAUUCUUCGACGUCAAACGAAAAGACUUUUGGCAGAUGUUCAUCCAUCACAUCGCCACCAUAUUGCUGAUGUGCCUGUCCUGGAUUGUGAACGUUUUCAGAGUGGGUACAUUGGUGUUGGUCGUUCACGAUUCGGCCGACAUAUUUUUGGAAGCCGCCAAAAUGGCCAAGUAUUCCGGCUACCAGAAGGUCUGUGAUGUAAUUUUCGCCAUAUUCACCCUGCUAUGGAUAGUUACUAGGUUAGGAUUUUUUCCAUUCUGGAUUAUACGAAAUACUUCAAUAGAUGCACCAAAAAUCGUACCAAUGUUCCCUGCCUACUACAUCUUCAAUGGACUAUUGUGCAUUCUUUUGGUACUCCAUAUUUUCUGGACAUAUCUUAUUGUCAAAAUCGCCAUAAAUUCAUUAAACGCAGGCCAAAUGGAUGGCGAUAUUAGGAGUAGCAGUGAUGAUGAUUACAGUGAAGAAUCGAACAAUUCCAAUUCUUUGGUUAACCAGAAUCAUAGCAAGGGUGAAUGAAAUAAAGUUAGGAUGAAUAAUUAGUUUAAAUGGUCCACAACACUGUGAGCUUGUUUUAAUUAGUGUGUACCGGGUACUAUCCUAACCAAAGAACUGUUACGUUUAAUGAACCUGUGCACACUAAAAAAUACACUUUGCUUUUUAAGAUCUCUUGUUGGAUACUAACUUUGAUAUUGCAAUUAUUAUUAAAUAUGGCCUUAUUUCUCUGUAAUCAUUUUAUUAUGCUUAUUACAACCAUUUGAAAAAAAAUUAUAAUAAGUAAAGUUGGUACUUAAAAUAAUGUCUCGCUGUGAAACUACAAAAAUAAUUCUUUGCCUUUCAUAUUCUCCCAUUUUGAGUUGGUAAAAAUUACCUUCCUAAUCUUGUGUGUAACAAAUAUGCAUGUCUAUACAAAUCAUGUACGCAAAUGGUUUAUGGAUUUUAUUUAAGUUUUAUAACCAUUUUUGUACACAUCACUUUCUAUGUAACUUAUACUAGGGGCUUCAUAAAUGAUUUCAAAUAUAUUUUUGGAACCUCUACAAUUAUAUCCGAAGUAUUUAAUUUCUUUUUAGGAUAAUUACUGCCUACUUGGUUAAGUGCAAGGGGACGAACUCCUAAAUUUAUCCCCUGUAAAUCCAAAGAUAUAUUUUUGUUUGUAUUUAUUUUAUUUGUAGCAAAUACAAUCUAUAGAUUAUAAUUGAUUUUUCAGUUUUUCUCUUUCUCAGCAUUCCAAUAUUUAUUGUUUUUGUAAAAACAUCACAGUUUUUUUUUUAUAUUGCACCUUUUUCUAUUACAUGUUUAAAAA